CAGACUCAGACUGCUGCUGGCUAAAGAGAAAGGAAGUAGCGUCUGGCUAACUGGUUAGCCGUUCUGAAACCACACAGUCUGUUUGGAAAGACUGCAGUUUGGAGGUAGUUUGAAGCCGCAGACUGUUCUUCUUUCUUUGACAUUAACGGAUAAUUCGGCGCCAGUUCCGUGUCGGAUCGUUUUAAUUACUUUUCUUUCGAUGCCGGUUUCAACCCUCUAGUUUGACUCAGCUCUGAAGCCUUGUCUCGUCCGUUGUUAGCCUACCUUAAACCAAGUCUGGUCGAUUUAACCCGGAGUUUAAACAAACAGGACACUUUACUACAGAUACUUUUUAUUAGCCUAUACUUUUAUACCAUUUCUGGUGCGAUUAAGGAUUACACCAAGACAAUGAGACAAACAUCCGGGAAAGGUGUUGUCUGGUGAGCGGGACACAGUGUGUGCGGCAUGCUGAGGCCACUCCCCCUGGCCCAGAAUGAGUGUCAGAGAUGGCGCUGCCACCACGGCAACGAAUGCAGAUGCAGAAGGGGGGGGAGGUGGGCCAGCUAGUGCUAACGAUCUUGAUGGCCGCUCUUAUGUGCUCCAAAUCUACCCAAGGAUUGCUGCACAGUCCUCUGCCUGCUGCACUGUUAGAGUGCAGAAGGAUGCAACAGCUGCUACAGUGAUCUUAGAUGCUACCUUGGCUCUGGGGCUGGAUCCUGGCCGCUCAUAUGUGCUCGCAGAGGUGAAGGAAUCUGGAGGUGAAGAGUGGGUUCUGGAGGCCGCUGACCUGCCAGUGCAAAGGUUUCUGCUAUGGCCUCGUAAAGCCCAGGAGCAGCACCCUCGCAGCCUGGGUUUCUAUUUCUUAUUACAGGAGAGGAACAAUGAUGGUACCAUCCAUUAUGUCCACCUACCGCCCUUGUCUAAGGAACAGCAGGCACAGCAGCUUGCCGCCAGGGGCUUCCUCCCCCCACCACAGGAUGACUUUGCAGAUCUCUGUAACCUCCCUGUCCUCGAUGAGGACAGCAUAUUAAAUAACCUGCGCACACGAUUCCACAAGAGAAAGAUCUACACCUAUGCAGGCAGCAUCCUCAUUGCUAUCAACCCCUUCAAGUUUCUGCCCAUCUACAAUCCCAAGUAUGUCAAGAUGUAUGAGAACCACCAACUGGGCAAACUGGAGCCACAUAUCUUUGCUAUAGCAGAUGUGGCCUACUAUGCCAUGCUCAGGAAGAGGGUCAACCAGUGCAUUGUCAUCUCUGGGGAGAGUGGCUCAGGCAAGACCCAGAGCACCAACUUCCUAAUCCACUGUCUGACAGCGCUCAGCCAAAAGGGCUAUGCCAGCGGGGUGGAGAGGACCAUACUGGGGGCGGGGCCAGUCCUGGAGGCCUUUGGAAAUGCCAAGACAGCCCACAACAACAACUCCAGCCGCUUCGGUAAAUUCAUCCAGGUGAAUUAUCUGGAGAGUGGAGUGGUUCGAGGGGCUGUGGUUGAGAAGUAUCUGCUGGAGAAGUCCCGUCUAGUCUCCAGAGAGAAGAAUGAGAGGAACUACCAUGUAUUUUACUACCUGUUGCUGGGAGCUUCAGAGGAGGAAAGAAAAGAAUUUAAGUUGCUGCCACCUGAAGACUACUUCUACCUCAAGCAGCAAAACUUUAAGAUAGAAGAGGAGGAGGACUUGCGUCAUGACUUUGAGAGGCUGCAGCAGGCAAUGGAAAUGGUUGGCUUCCUUCCAGCCACCAAGAAACAGAUCUUUUCUGUGUUGUCGGCGAUCCUGUAUCUGGGUAACGUGACCUACAAGAGGAAGUCAACAGGCCGAGAAGAGGGCUUGGAUGUGGGACCACCAGAAGUCCUGGCUACUCUCUCUGACCUGCUGAAGGUUAAAGAGGAGCUGCUGGUGGAGGCGCUGACAAAGAGGAAAACUGUGACAGUCAACGACAAGUUGAUACUCCCCUACAGCCACUCUGAGGCUAUCACAGCCAGAGAUUCCAUGGCUAAGUCUCUGUACAGUGCCCUGUUUGACUGGAUCGUCCUACGCAUCAAUCAUGCGCUGCUUAACAAGAAAGACAUGGAGGAGUCUGUCCCGUGCUUGUCCAUUGGUGUCCUGGACAUAUUUGGCUUUGAGGACUUCGAGAACAACAGCUUUGAGCAGUUCUGUAUCAACUAUGCAAAUGAGCAGCUGCAGUAUUACUUCAACCAUCACAUCUUCAAUCUAGAACAGGAGGAGUACCAAGCAGAGGGAAUCACCUGGCACAACAUCGACUAUACAGACAACGUGGGCUGCAUCCAUCUCAUCAGUAAGAAGCCGACCGGCCUGCUGUACCUGCUGGAUGAGGAGAGCAACUUUCCCCACGCCACAGAUGAGACGUUAUUAGCCAAAUUUAAGCAACAGCACCAGGGAAACAAAUAUUUUGUCCCCACGCCAGUCAUGGAACCUGCAUUUGUCAUUCAACACUUUGCUGGGAAAGUAAAAUAUCAAGUCAAGGAUUUCCGAGAGAAGAACACAGAUCACAUGCGUCCUGACAUUGUGGCAUUGUUGAGGAGCAGUGACCGUGCGUACAUUCGGCAGCUUAUUGGCAUGGACCCCGUGGCCAUGUUUCGGUGGGGAAUCCUGCGUGCCACCAUCAGAGGAAUCACUGCUUUCAAUGAGGCUGGCCGUGCCUGGGCCGCCAAGACAUCAGGUGUUGUCCGUCCAGUAUCGAGGACUCCUUUGGGAGAGCUUCAGCGAUCCAAUGCCCCAAUAGAAAGAAUGUACAAACGAGCUUCUAUGCUCGAUUUCUGCUUUGAUCACUCAGAGGAGCGCCCUCUAGAGGCUUUCGAAGACAUCUUUGCUAGCUAUGACAGUAAGAAAGACAUGCAUGCACAGAUCAUCAGCUCCAUUAAGAACUUGCAGCUGGACACUGAGGACCCUCGCAAGCUACUGCAGUCCUGGGGUCGCCUCCGUUUCCCUCGGCACAUCCUCCAGAAAAACAAAGUCACCAAGCAGAAACAAAUCAUUCCUAAGAAUUUGCUGGACUCUCGGUCUCUGAAGUUCAUUGUGAGCCUGACACUGCACGAUCGCACUACCAAAUCUCUGCUUCAUCUGCACAAGAAGAAGAAGCCCCCAAGCAUCAGUGCCCAGUUCCAGACUUCUCUGACCAAGCUUUUAGAGACCCUCAACAGAGCGGAGCCGUUCUUCAUUCGUUGCAUCCGCUCCAAUGCUGAAAAGAAGGAGAUGUAUCUGGAUGAAACACUGGUAGUUCAGCAGCUACGAUACACAGGAAUGCUGGACACUGUUCGAAUCAGGAGGUCAGGUUAUGGAGCCAAGUACUCAUUCCAGGAGUUCAUAGAGCACUUCAGGGUUUUGCUGCCAAAGACAGCAGCAGCCUCAAAAGAAAGCAUCUCAGCACUGCUUGAGAAAAUGGGCCUGGAUCCCUAUACAUUCCAGAUUGGCAAAACUAAGGUUUUCUUAAAGGAGCCAGAGCGACAGCUGCUGCAGGACAUGCUGCACAAAGACGUAAUGCAGAAAAUCAUCUUUAUUCAGCAUUGGUUUAAAGCUCGACUGCAAAGGAAAGAAUUCCUAGACAUGAGGGAGGCAGCUAUCCUGAUACAACGUUCAUGGCGAAGGUACUGCAAAGAGGAACAAUGGCGACAAGCAGCCACUGUGAUCCAGGCUUUGUGGAGAGGACACAGACAGAGAAAAGAGUACCACCGUCAAAGACAAGGAGCUACCAAGAUACAAGCCCUGGUCAGAGGCUACUCAGCACGCAGAAGAUGCCAGUCAAUGCGUGAAGAGAAAUGGAAAAAGGAGGAAGAGGCAAAAGAAGCAAGGAGGAGGCAAGAGGAAGACAGAAGGAGAGAAGAAGAGGAGAGAAGAAAAGUGGAGGAGGAGGCAAGGAAAAGGAUGGAAGAAGAAGAAAUGAGAAGAAAGGCCCAAGAUGAGGAGGCAAGGAGGAGAGCAGAGGAGGAGGAGGCCAUCAUGAAAGCUGAAGCUGAAGAAGCAGUCCAGAGGAAGAGAGAGGAAGAGGAGAAAAGCCCUGUGAGAGAGCCUCAAACAAGAGAGGAUCCAGAUAUUGAGCUGGUCACUGAAGAGAUGCUCGAUGAAAGUCAAGUUUCUAUCCAUGAAACUGAGGAUGGAGAGGUGAGAGAAGAACAGAACAAAGAUGAACAGAUUGAGGAAGAGAAAGAGGAGCCUCCAUCUCCCAGGUCAGAUAUGGAGGUCAAUGGUACCCUGGCUGGGGCUGGAUCCCAGUUGCACGAGAAAGAACAUGUGGAUGACAAGGAGAACCAAACAAUAGAAAAACCUUCUUUGUGUAGAAGUAAUGACACAGAUAAACAAGGUUCUGAUUCCACUUCCACAUCUUCUAAUGCUGAACAAAAGAGAGUACGAGUUCCAGACAGUAACAGAACCCAGACGUCAAGAAGUCAGGAGAAGAGAGAGCAGAGGAGGCGACGAGGAUUGGAACACAACCAGAGAGAGACUGAACGAGCUGCCUCCUCCUCCUCCUCCUCCUCCUCCUCCUCCUCCCCAGCUACAGGCAAGGAUCAGACAUCCCCACCAAGAGAGACCCCCAAGCUGAAAGAGCGAUCAGACAGCAAGGAGCUGGACCAGUACACCUUUGUGGCCUGGAAAGUGAAAGAAGACAAAGGAGGGAAGAAAGAUCCAAAAACAUCUCCUCCUGCCGGUCCAAUCCGUCCAUCCACAUUGCCCCUGCAGCCAUCGGACCACAUCAGAAACGGAGUCGGUGAAGGGGUCGGAGCAGUAAACCUGCAGCGCCGUCCAGGGGCCAUAAAGGAGAAGCCCGAGAGGUGGAGGGGGAGGAGGAGCGACGGGGAGAACUACGAGACCAGCAGCCCCCCACCACCGCCCACCAGAGCAGAAAUGAGGAGGAAACAAUUGAGUGAGUCAGUCUCCUCAUCAGUUGACAGUUUGUCUCCAGGUUCAGAAGGCGCUUCAGCUAGAGAUAUUCUGUCUCCUGCAGAGAGCCGUGUCGAUAGCUCAAAGGGAAGCUCCAUCAGGAGGAGACAUCACGAUGGCUCUGCUCACCAAGACUCAUCCCACUCUAUCCCAUCCACAGCUGACAGGUCAGGUGGAUUCUUCAGCAAGAUUUUGAAGAAACGACCUCAUAAGGAAGCUCAGACUCCAGACAACGGGGAGAUGACGCCAAUUUUCAGUGAGAAGUCAACAGGAGGGGAAGCUCCAACAUCAGUACAUCCAUCACGGCCACCGUCUCAGGCACACGGUAACCGCACUGGCAAAAGCUUGGGCCGGAAUCCCACCAUCAAAAUCAGUCGAGCCACACGUGUCUCCGAGAAGUGGAAUGCCUCGCUGGAUCGGGAAAUCACCAAUGCCAACGAGCUGCGGCACCUUGACGAAUUUUUGGGCAACCAGGUGAAUGAUUUCCGCUCCAGAGGGAAGUCGCUGUCAGCUACAGAGGCUAUCUUCAUAACAGCUACAAUGCAGUUCAGAGAGACUAUUAAAGCCAUGUAUUCACUUCCAAAACCCACGAUCGGCUACAAAGACCUGAUGACAAGCUACCAGAACAAGGUGGUCCACCUGGCAGAUGACAAACAGAAAGGAGAAGUCCAGCUAGUGGUGAACCUGUUCCAGUCGGUGCUGGACGGGUUCAUCAGAGGAGAGAUGAAGAAGGAGGAAGCUGAGCCUGCCAAGCCCCCUAAAGCUAGAAAGAAAAGACGGAAAAAGGAUAAAAGUAUGGAAAGCCCCCUGGAUCAUGUUUUCAUCAACUAUCAGGUCAGCAUUAUGCAGUCAUGUGAUCAGUGUACGUCUUACAUCUGGGCCAUGGAGAAGGCCUACAUGUGCAGCUGUUGUAAAAUGGUGUGUCACAAGAAGUGCCUUGGCAAGAUAGUCACAGACUGCAACACCUUCUGUGUCAAAAAGAAUGAUGAGGAGUCAGGAGGUCUGCACUUCGGGGUCCGUGUUUGCAACCUGGUUGGUGAUAAAAAUCCAGUCCCAAUGGUUCUGGAGAUGAUGCUGGAGCAUGUGGAGAUGCAUGGCCUCUAUACCGAAGGCAUCUACCGCAAGUCUGGCUCCGCCAACCGCAUGAAAGAGCUGCACCAGAAGCUAGAGACUGACCCCCACCUGGUCUGCCUGGAGGACUAUCCCAUCCACACAGUAACAGGACUGGUCAAACAGUGGUUGAGAGAACUGCCUGAUCCACUCAUGACCUUCACACAUUACAAUGACUUCCUGCAUGCAGUGGAACUGCCAGAGAAGCAGGAGCAGCUUCAUGCGAUUUACAAAGUCAUUGAGGAGCUUCCGACAGCAAACUUCAACACACUGGAGAGACUUGUGUUUCACCUUGUCAGGGUCUGUAAAGAGGAGACUCACAACCGCAUGUCUCCCAACUCACUGGCCAUCGUCUUUGCUCCGUGUAUCCUACGCUGCCCCGACAGCGCUGACCCACUCCUCAGUAUGAAGGAUGUCGCCAAGACCACCAUGUGUGUAGAGAUGCUCGUCACUGAACAGAUCCGACGCUACAAUGAGAAGAUGGAGGAGAUUGAGCAGCUGGAGUACGCAGAGGCUCUGGCUGUCAACCAGCUCAAACUGAAGAGACAGAACACGCACUUCUGGCAUUUACCGCUCAGGUUUUCAGCUCCUUACAAAGGAGUGGUGGUGCAUGAGAAGGUCAGCUCUGACCUGAGUGUGGUCCCCGAGAAUGAGCCUCUGGAUUCAGACACAGAGGCGGAGAAGAACCUGGUGGAUCGCAUUAAGUCCAUCAAACAGGAGAAAGAGGAUCUGGCUUGUCGACUUCCGGAGAUGGAGCAGCCUGGUUCGGACCAGGAGAACCUGGACUCUGAAGCGUCGCUGAGCUCUGAGAGUCUUCUGGAUGAGCAGCAGCGCUCUUCAGCCCAUAGCUCAGAGCCCGAAGGACGUGGUGGCCUCUCGCUGAUGAGACUUAGGCCAGUUUGUCUACCCAAACCCUCAGACCUGGCCCAGAGACCUAGACCACCCAGUGGGCAUGGUUCUCUCAGCCUCACCAAAACCUCCCCCUCUGGGUCCAGCUGUGCUUCGACGCCUUCUGAGUCCCCCAUUGCCUCCUUUAGACACCCACUUAAACGCCGCAACCCCAUCAUCCCCGACACAAUUAAACUCCCCUUGGGCAUCCCCUCCCUCUCAGAGUCCUCAUCCUCCUCUCCAGCUCUUCCUCCUGGAAACUUAGCGUUAAAACACUUCAGCAGGAGAAAAGAGCAGCCCGGCCGCCGCAAAGACAGUACACAGUCACUGUACAUCGACAGCCCUGAGUGUGACUUGUUGUUACAUUUUACAUCCUCCUGCCCUCCCUCUGCAUCUUCAUCCUCCUCCUUCAUCUCCAUGGUUACUCCCUCUCCUCAGCACCAGCACAGCGACACACAAGCCCCGAUGGGCCAGAGACGCUUUUCUGACCCAGACAUACCCUACAUGGACAAUGAAGAUGUGUGAAAAGAAACUAAAUGAUGGAGGAAAGAGAAUUAGUAUGGGCAACAACUGUAAGAGUCUACAGAGAAAAAGAAAAAUAGCUGGAUGGGACAGAAUCUGGCGAGGAAUCAAGAACUGAAACACAGAUUAAACUACAUGAUGUGGAUCUCCAAAGCUGAAUGGGAGUGAGCUGCUCCAGGCCCUCACGUCAGAGGGAACUAACUGAGGAUCUGCAAAGCCUUGUUUACUCCCAUCACAGGAAAAAAAUAACUGGACGUGUUGUUGCCAAGCACCUUUUCUGUCAUUUUUAAUAUGUUGUGGUUAUUAUUGACCCAGUUUGGACCAGGCUGUUAUUACCUGUAGCUUCAUAAUAAUGGACUGCCAAUUUUGUUUUCUUUCUCCUGUUUUGUUUAUUUUUAGAACACAUUUGUGCUAAUUCAAGGAAAUAUUGCAGGUUUCAGAUGCACUUUUUGCAUUUCUUAGUUCUCGUAAUGGUGAGGCCAACAUGCUCCCCAAAAUGUUAGUUAGUGCCUUGAUAUGUACAGCAAGUCGACAGCAACUCAGCUCAUUUGUCUUUGUAAUUAAUGCUGUUGCAGAGAAAUGUGGGGGUUAUAAUGGUGUACCUUUGUCUCACACAUUUGUUUAUUGAACUAUAAUGAGGACUUAACAUUCACAUAGAGGCUACAGCCACUUCCACCUUCAACCUCUUGCUGCUGCACAUUGGAUAGGUAAUCAUUGCCUUAUUGAUACAGCAAAGGGAAAACAGGAGCAGCACACGCCACUUUUUCCUUUAAAACACCAAUUCAGCCACGAUGCAAGAGCCAUGCCACAAUGUCGAUAAAGCUCAAUGUUCCCAGUUCCUCUUCCUGCGAAACAACAUGGCUUCCUUCAGCUGGACCGGAAUGAGUCCCAUUAUGAGCGAGGCUCUGCUAAAGAGCAGCUGUGGCCCACCUUUGUAUGAAAUGUAAUACUAAUGUUCUGACUGCUGUUGACUGUUUGUCUGGAUUUCUGUGGAAAAUGUGCAGAUAUGUGGUGUGUAAACAGAGAGUAAAUGGUUGGGACUGAAUGACUGUAAUGUUUAUUACUAUUAAUGUGCUAAUACAGAGCAUGAUGCUUGUUACUGC